AUGAGGAAGGAGAAGCGGCACUUUCCGGCGAUCUCGAGUUGCGAUUUGACGGGAAGGGAGGAGCACGCGGUGGCGGCGGACUUGGACGGGACGCUGCUGGUGAGCAGGAGCUCCUUCCCGUACUUCAUGCUGCUGGCCAUGGAGGCGGGAGGGAUACUGCGGGGGGUCAUCCUCCUCCUCGCGUCGCCGCUGAUCCUCUUCCUCUACCGUCUCGUCUCCGAGGCCGCCGGCAUCCAGCUCCUGAUCUUCGUCUCCGUCGCCGGCCUGAAGAUCCACCGUAUCGAGGCCGCCGCCGCCGCGGUGCUCCCCCGCUUCUACGCCGCCAACGUGAGGGCCGAUAGCUGGCGGGCCUUCCGGGCCUGCGGGCGGCGGCGAGUGGUGGUGACGGCGAACCCGACGGUGAUGGUGGAGCCCUUCGUGAAGGGAUGGCUCGGCGGAGACAAGGUCCUUGGCACGGAGCUCGAGGUGGACCGCCGCACCGGCAGGGCCACGGGAUUCCUUGCCGGCGCCGGCGUCCUCGUCGCCGAAAGUAAGAGCGAUGCCCUCCUCAAGGAAUUCGCCGCCGAGGACUUGCCGGAGCUCGGCCUUGGGGACCGAGAAACCGACCACGAUUUCAUGGCUCUCUGCAAGGUCCCUUCUCUCUUCUCUCUCUCUCUCUCUCUCUCUCUCUCUCUCUCUCUCUCUCUCUCUCUCUCUUUGGUAGCGAGAAAAAUGGCGUGUUGUAACCUCCCUCAUUGGUGCAAUUCGUGGGAGCAGGAGGGGUACAUGGUGCCCCCGGACCGAUCGGCGGCUAGGGUUCCGGUGGAGCAGCUCGCCGGCCCGGUGGGCUUUCACGACGGCCGGUUCGUCCGGCGACCGGAGGCCAUCACCGCCCUCCUCGUCUUCCUCUGGAUGCCCCUCGGCUUCGCUCUCUCCCUCCUCCGCGUCCUCCUCCACGUAACCCUCCCCCGCCGCCUCCGCCGCCAUUGCUACGCCCUCACCGGCGUCAAACUCGCUGUGCGCGGCUCCCCUCCUCCGCCGCCCGCCGCUGGCUCUCCGGGCUCCCUCCUCGUCUGCAACCGCCGCACGCCGCUCGACACCCUCGCCGUCGCUGCCGCGCUUGGGGGGCGCCCCAUCUCGGCCGCCAGCGACGGCGAGCUCGUCUCGGCGCUGCUGCAGAAGGGCGACGUGGUCGUCUUCCCGGAGGAGACGACGUGCCGGGAGCCCUUCCUCCUGCGGUUCCCUCCGUCAUUUGCGGAGCUCAGCGACCGCAUCGUGCCGGUGGCGAUCGACGCCGGGGCGGACCUCUUCCACGGGACGACCGCCGCCGGUGGCGACGGGAACAGCUACCUGGACGCCUUCUUCUUCCUCAUGAACCCGAGACCCACGUACGAGAUCACCUUCCUCGACCCGUUCCCGGAAGAGUGGACUUGCAGAGGCGGCAAGCCGGCGACGGAGGUGGCGAGCCUCGUGCAGCAGCUUCUGGCAGAGACGUUGGGCUUCCAGUGCACGGCCUUCACAGGCAAGGACAAGCUCACGCCUCUGAGUCUGGCGCGGGAGAAGGUACAGUAA